AUGUAUACAAUCUCGAAUAUCUACGUUCUGGCCGCCUUUGGUACCAUUGGCGGUGCCCUUUUUGGGUUUGACGUUUCGUCCAUGAGUGCAUGGAUCGAUCAGAAGCAAUAUCUGGAGUACUUCAACUAUCCUAAUUCGAACUUGCAAGGAGGUAUCACUGCUUCUAUGUCCGGUGGAUCGUUCCUGGGCGCCCUUGCAGCUGGAGCUAUCUGUGAUUCUGUCGGCCGUCGCAGGUCUCUGAUGAUUGCAUCCGUCAUCUGGAUCAUUGGAGCGGCCAUUCAAUGCAGUUCUCAAAAUGUUGCUCAAUUGAUCAUUGGCCGCCUCGUUAGCGGUCUCGCUGUCGGCAUCACGUCCUCUCAAGUUUGUGUCUAUCUUGCAGAACUCUCGCCGGCACAUAUUCGCGGACGAGUUGUAGGUAUCCAACAAUGGGCCAUUGAGUGGGGUAUUCUCAUCAUGUUCCUCAUUGCAUAUGGCUGUGCCAAGGGAGUCGAAGGCCCUUCUGCUUUCCGCAUCGCUUGGGGUAUCCAAGGUAUUCCUGGUUUCAUUCUCCUCGGAUCUUUGUUCUUCUUCCCCGAAAGUCCUCGCUGGCUUGGAUCCAAGGGCCGAUGGCAAGAAGUCGAAAACACUCUGGCUCUCCUUCAUGCUAAGGGCAACCUCGACGAUCCAGCCGUACAAGCUGAACUGCUGGAGAUUCGUGAAGCUGUCACUGCCUCUCAAAACGUUGAGGGUGUUACCUUCUUCGGAUUGUUCGGCAAGAAGAUGUGGAGGCGCACCAUGUGUGGCACCACCGUUCAAAUGUGGCAACAAUUGCUCGGAGGCAACGUCGCCAUGUACUACAUUGUCUACGUCUUUCAAAUGGCUGGCCUCGGAGAUCAGACGCUAACCUCUUCCAUCAUCCAAUAUGUCAUCUUCCUCGUCACCACAGGUGCCAUCCUACCUUUCAUCGAUAGACUUCCUCGCCGCGCAGUCCUUCUAACUGGAUCUGUUGUCUGCUGUAUCUGCCACUUUACUGUUGCUGCUCUUAUGGCUAGCUACGGACAUCACGUGGACUCUAUCAACGGUAACACCAUUCUGAGAUGGAAAGUUGGUAACAAUACUGCAGCUAAGGGUAUUAUCGCUGUCAGCUACAUUUUUGUAGGCUUCUACGGAUUUACUUGGGCUCCGUUAGGGUGGGUGUACAGCUCAGAGGUAUUCCCUUUGAAGUAUCGUGCACAAGGAGUAGGUCUAUCUGCUGCCACAAACUGGAUCUUCAACUUUGCGAUUGCUUAUUUUGUCGCCCCGGCUUUCACCAAUAUCCAGUGGAGAACGUACAUCAUUUUCGGCGUCUUCUGCUUCGCCAUGACCUUCCACAUCUUCUUCACAUACCCCGAGACGAGCUCCAAGACACUGGAAGAAAUCGACAUUCUAUUCGACGCCAACAUUCCCCCUUGGAAGAGCAACCAAGUCAAGAGCCGCUUUGGUGAGAGAGUGGAGACUGCUGUUCGCAAGGGCUCUAUUACUGAGCAUGUCGAGAAUGAGGCUGAGAAGAAAAGCAACGACUUCGCUGUUCAGAAGGAGAGUGUUUGA